CUUCCUCCGCUUGACGGCCUCCCGCCACCGACACCACCACCACCAGCGUCGCCGCGUCGGCAUCUGCAGUUGCCACUUCGCUUUCUCCCACUCCUCCUCGCUUACCUCACACUCCUCCUCCCCCCGCGCCGCGCGAUUUCCACCCCCAACCACCGCCAGAUCCAGAUCGGCGAGGGGGGGCGGAGCAAGGUGUUCGAGCUCGAGAUCGAGAUCCGGGGUAGAGCGGGUUAGGGAGGGGGAGGAUGAAGAGGAAGACGAGGAACCGGAUAAUACUGACGACGCUGCUGGUGGCGGCGGCGGCGAUACUGAUCGGCGGCACGGUGGCGCUGAUCCUGACGGCGGGGACGUGGAAGGUGAAGAUGCAGGAGUCGCGCGAGAAGGUCUGCGACAAGGGGUGGGAGUGCUCCGGGAGCAAGUACUGCUGCAACGACACCAUCACCGACUUCUUCAAGGUGUACCAGUUCGAGAACCUCUUCGCCAAGCGCAACAGCCCCGUCGCCCACGCCGUCGGCUUCUGGGACUACCAGGCUUUCAUCACCGCCGCCGCGCUCUUCGAGCCGCUCGGCUUCUGCACCACGGGCGGGAAGCAGAUGCAGAUGAUGGAGCUCUGCGCCUUCCUCGGCCACGUCGGCUCCAAGACCUCCUGUGGGUAUGGAGUGGCGACCGGCGGGCCGACGGCGUGGGGGCUCUGCUACAACCACGAGAUGAGCCCCAAGGAGGACUACUGCGACAAGACGAACCUCCAGUACCCCUGCGUCGAGGGCGCCGAGUACUACGGCCGCGGCGCCAUUCCCGUCUUCUGGAACUACAACUACGGCGCGGCCGGCGACGGGAUCCACGAGGACCUGCUGCACCACCCGGAGUACCUGGAGCAGAACGCGACGAUGGCGUUCAUGGCGGCGAUGUGGCGGUGGAUGACGCCGAUGAAGAAGAAGCAGCCGUCGGCGCACGACGUGUUCGUCGGCAACUGGAAACCCACCAAGAACGACACGCUCGCCAAGAGGCUGCCGGGGUUCGGCGCCACCAUGAACGUGCUCUACGGCGACCAGAUCUGCGGCAAGGGCUACAUCGACGACAUGAACGUCAUCAUCUCCCACUACCAGUACUACCUCGACCUCAUGGGUGUCGGCCGUGAGCACUCCGGCGACAACCGCGACUGCGCCGAGCAGGCCGCCUUCAACCCGUCCUACAAGAAGCCGGACGACCAGCAGCAACAAAGCUAGAACAGAUCAGCCCAAUGCCAUGGCCCAUCUGUAGCUGUAUAAUCUUCUUGCCACUGCAAUCACCAUCGCCAUUGCCAUUCCCAAUACCACAGUAAAGAAACCACCCCUUCUGUUGUAUACAUAUUCUUGCUAGUUGCUACUGCGAUCACCAUGGCCAUUGCCAUUGCCGAUGCGAAACCUCCCAUCUGUAGUUGUGUACAUCUUCUUGCCACUGCCAUUGCCAUUGCCUCAUGAGCUAUACAGAUUAUCCAUUUCUUCAUCAGUGUGAGCCUGGCAGGAGCUGGUUUGCUUUGGAGUCCUUCUCAAUAGCAGAUCCUGAGGAAAGAGUCAAUUGUGUGUGUGUGUGUGUGUGUAAUGCCUAUGGGAUAUGGGAAAUUUGUAGCCCUUGUGUACCAUAGAGUACAUUUUCAUUCCAUUUGAUUUUGUCACAUAUACAUGUUUAAAGAGGAGGAUUCAAAUUGAUACAUUCCAUGAUUUUGCUGAGAUUGUUGUAUAUCUGCUAUUGGAAUGUGUUCCUUUCUUUCAA